AUGGAGCAGCUCAAUGCCAUUGGGAGUGGCAGUAUUCAAGACAGCGAUCACGGACAUGCUUUUCCAAUAGUUGCCGAGCAAAUGAUUGAGGGUGUUGAUAGCAAAGACAAGGUUGACGACUUACUGAAAACCCAGGAGUACAUGAAGCCCGACGAGUACAACAAGGUUAGCGUCAUCCGUAACAAACACGACAGCGAUGAUUCCACUUUCUCGACUUUACACGAAAAGACAUCAAAAGUGAAGCUAUUCCGAAAGUGCAGCUUUGUCGGUUAUCUCCCUUUCGAACUUGUGGAAAAGAUAUUCUUGCAAGACUUUACGUUCCUCGAAUUUUGGUCGUGCACACAAGUUUGCCGUACUUGGCGUACGUUUUUGAUGGAUCACAUCUGGGAACGUCGAUCGGCAUUCUAUCUUUCAUCUUCUCCUUUGAAGAAGAUGUAUUACGAUGCUCAAACGCGGCUACUCGAGGCACUGCGUGGAGAAAGAGAUCACUUGCCAUUCGUAUAUACCGGAUAUUACAACAGCCCAUCGAUUGAAAUUUUUCCUUCAAUUGAAUCUGCUGAUAAUGGAUCUUUAAUCAUGCACAGCAUUGGUAUCAAAGGAAGUACAUCCGAAAUUCUGGAAUCGCUGGAAAUAAACAUGUACUCUCUCAACGUCGUUAGCAUCUGCUCUUGUUUCUCGGUGUACCGGUUACAUGAUUUGUGCGAUAUCUUAUCACGGAGUAAAGUAACGGUGCUCAACUUGACGGCGCCUUUUUUUGUGCCUAAUAAAUGUCGAACCCUCGAGUUCAAAACAAUGCACUUUUUGAAGCGCGUUCAAAUUUCACGCCUUUACGCUGAUAAUGACGACACUAGACUACAUCUUGCGAAAGCCUUCAUACAGCACUCGCCUCGAUUGCAGGAACUUUAUGUAUACCCCAGAAUAUUUUUGAGCCCCAAUGUGAUUUUUUCACAAGGUUUAAAUCGCCCUCCUACUCUGUCCAUCAUUGAUCUCUAA